GGUAAAUAUGCCUUCUGUCAUUAUUAUCUGAAAAAAAGUAAAUAUAUGUGUAUUUUGCAUGCUUUCCAAAGGUACAACUAGUUCUGAAAUGGUAGCUGAAUCGGCUAUUCCUGACCACAAUGUUGGAGGCAGAAUAGAAUGUUGUGGACAUUUCGGAACAAUAAAAUAUAUUGGUCCCGUUGAAGGCCAUCCUGGAGUUUGGUUGGGAAUCGAUUGGGAUGACAUUGAAAGGGGUAAACACAAUGGAACGGUAAAUGGAAUACAUUACUUCAAUACUAGGCAUCCAAAAUCAGGCUCAUUUCUAAGGAGAGAAAAAGUAAAUUUUGGCCAGUCUUUAAUAACAGCAAUCAGAAUGAGAUAUGGUGAAAGAGGAGAUGAACUGACGGCUAAAAUUGAAGAGCAGCAACUGCUCAACUUUCAGCAAUCAAUUAAUGCCCCGUUUCUUGAACUAGUUGGUUUUGAUAAGAUUGUCGACAAACAAAGCGAUUUUAAUUCUUUGGAAGUGGUAAAUGUCCGGCUGCAACAUGUUAACAAUAUUGGGACACCUUACGAACUAAACUGUCUCUGUCCAAAUAUUAGAGAAAUAGAUAUUUCAAAAAAUUUGCUUUCUUCCUGGACUGAUGUUUUUGAUAUUUGCUCUCAAUUGAAACAUUUGUUUUGGAUAAAUGUCAGUGAAAAUAUUUUAUCCAUUCCCGAAAAUUACAAAGAAUAUAUUUUCCCAAAUAUAACCGUAUUAAUUUGUGGGUAUAUGACCUUAACGUGGGAGGACAUAAUUAAAUUAUCCUCAGUUUUCCCAAACAUAGAAGAAUUAAGAGUGCCGUAUAAUAAUAUCACCAGUUUGACAAUACCAAACGAUCGCAAUCUAAAACGUUUGAGAGUCCUCGACUUGGAAGGAAACUGUAUAAAACAUUGGUCGGAAAUUAAUAAAUUAUCGAAAAUGUCUUUCUUGGAACACAUGAUGCUGGAAGACACAAAAAUAGAGAGUAUUUUAUUUCAAUCGGAUUCGGCUCUUACGAGCGAUUUUCCGAACCUCAACAGACUUAACAUCAGCAAUAACUUAAUCAAAGAGUGGCGUUCCAUAUCGGAAUUGAGCAAAUUACAAAAACUUGAGCACCUAAGGUUUACGAAUAAUCCAAUACUGGAAACGGAAAGCCCAGCUAUGAGGGAACAACUUGUGAUAGCACACUUACGGCAUCUGAAAACUUUCAAUGGUCGUACAAUAAUCGACGAGGAAAGGAGAGGUGCAGAGUACGAUUAUAUAAAAAAGUACGCAUUAGAGUGGAUAAAAGUUAAAGAUACUCCAGAAAGAGGACGAUUCCUUUUACAACAUAACAGAUACUUAGAAUUGAUAGAAAAAUACGGUUUACCCGAAGAGUCCGAGUUAAUAGUCCAGCCAAAUAUUUUGAAAAGUUCGUUAAUCGAACUGAAUAUAGAAUUCGAAGGACGAAGGAUUUCUAAAAAGUUACCACCGUCCAUCCUGAUUCAGAAACUUGUGAUGUUGAUCCAGAAAUUAUUUAAAUUGAAGGAAAGGCCCAGUAUUAAGUACAUCGGCGGUUCGCAGUCGGACAUUAUAAUCGAACUAGACGACGAAAUGAAAGAGCUUGGGUAUUACUCGAUCCAAGAGGGCGACACAAUUAUCGUGCAAAUAUGAUGCCGAAAAGAACGACACCGACGUUGAAUUUGAUUGUGAUAAUUUUUACUGUAAAGUUUUUUUAUUUAUUGCCGGUUUAAAUUUUUCAAAUGAUAUUUAUUUAAUAAAACAUAUUGCACGAGACA